UUGAAAGAUGGUGUUCUCCCGUCCCCUGUCUUUACGAAUAGUAAAGUGUUUUUGUUUAAAUUCUUAGUUUUGGCGCGGUUUGUUCCUCAAGUAUUUUCCGGAAUAUAUUGUGUGCUUAAGCUACACUAGGUGGCGCAAGCUGCCACAUAUACACCAUUAACCAUCGGUUCAGCCAUCUAUCCACCCACAGCCUUCACCCACUUAUCGUUCCUUUGUUCUGUUUGGCGCGUUACUUGCGGUGGUGACGAAUGACGGUUGGCGAGUUUACCGAGUUGACGAGCCAAACGAAUGUCAGUAUUUUCGCGCCUAGCUGCUCGCGUGGCUUUAGCAGCGUUCGACAAUGCCGCCCGUGCGGUGUCUGGUCACCGUGCCUCACCUAAAGGCUGCCAGGUCUUUCAAGCUCGAGGAUGGAUCGGUAAACUCUUUGAAACAUGCGGUGGCUACGUGCCCCGUUCUUGGGAACUCCAUCAAACUGUCUUCUGUCAGGUUUCAGAUGCUGGAUUUGGUAUUUGAAGAAUACACUGACCUUGCUGCGGACGACGAAAUACAUGACAUGGCUAAAAUCACUCUCCUGCCCAUUGUAACUGUCCCAGAGGGUGGGCCAGGCUCAUCUUCCACUCAGGAGGAGGCUUCAUUGGAGACGGUGCGCACUGAAAACUGUGAAACCGCCCAAAGAGAGAGCUUGCCAGAUGAAACUUCUCCAGAUGACUCCUCUCCAGAUGUACCAUUGGUAGGCAUCGAGCCCUUUGAGCUGCCUUCGUGUUCAGACGACGAUGGGAACACCUUCAUUUUCCCCAAGCUUGGAGCUCUCCAUGAUACGAUCAUCUCUGGCAAACCUCUGACAUCUUCAUCAUUCCGAAAGAUUGUGGAGCUCCUCUUUCGUGCAAUGGUGAACAUAACAGUGUUCCCAUCUCAGCACUUUUACUCCAAGGUCACUCAGCUACUAACUGACAAGUACCCUCAGCUCCAAGAUGUUAUAGGAACUGGAUCAGACUCGUGGAGAGUAGCACUGCGGUACAAGUUCAAAAAUGAAAGACGUCGCCUUUCAGACGACGUCCGGGUUGCUGAAAACCGUGCAAAAUUUGGAUCAAAAAGACCAAAUGAUGGAGGUGCAGCCACACAGCUGAAGCGGCAAAAAAAGAUUAAGCUGAACAUCACUGCUUCGGCUUUGGCUGGAGAGGACGAAGCCAGCCUGAUCGCCCAUGAGGAAUGGCUUAUACGAGAAGGACGAAAGGCAGCUCCUGAUGAAAAAGGAAUCCAUGAAAGGAUGACUCUCACUGCGAGGAAGAGGCUCUCUGACAUGGCACAAAUGGGCAUUGAUGCUGUUAGGACAAGGUACCCAUACCUGAUGGACUCUCAGCGAUUCGCUAAAGAUUUCGAGAGGCUCACGAAGAUGAACCUGGCCGACAAAGUCGCAAAAGGGAUUGACAAGAUCGUUCUGUUGGCCACAAAGAAGGCGAUCGACUGCCAGGAGCAUGUCCUACUUACACUGCAAGCAGCACCGCACAUGGAUCUGGGGAGGCUCAGGACACGGCACAUCCUGACUGUUGCAACUCUGCGCAUUUUGGCACUGAACGUCAAGGAGUCAACAUCACUGCCCCUAAUGUUCGUGCAAGAAGAUGAUGAAAACAUCCCACCGACACCGUGUGUCCUGUACAGCGGGCAAGACUUAGAGGAUGCAGACUUCUUUCACCUGGUUGUUGAUCGUGAGAGGUUGUUCUCCGUUCCAAAUGCCGAGGAGGGGCUGUGUAUGUUGUUGGCAGCCUAUUGGUUGUUCAGUAUACAAUAUGAACGGAAGGCCUUCAACAUGCUCGUCACUCUGGAGAGGCUUUUUCUCGGCAUGAGCCACACAACUCCAAGGGCAGUGGUAAUUAAAUUUUUAAACAAAGUUUGCAGGCACGUGCAUGGUUGAAGCAAUGAUUUGUGCUUCAACCACACGCGCAUUAACUGCUUCGUUACGGUUCAGUUUGAGCUUUUUCUUUUUUUUUUUUUUUUUACGGUGUUAGUUUGCAGGCUCUGUAAAAAUGGAUGUCCACCCACGGGACAGUGGGGCUUUACAGUUCAAGUAAGGAAAAUGAACACAUAUUUUAUUCAACAUUUUAUAAGUUAAUUUUUACAAAAUAGGUUUUGGGAAGAAUAGCAAAACUGGAGUGAUACCGGCAGAGAAAUGAGGCUCAUUUAUUGGUACGAAAAUCAAAGAAGCAGUGCCAGUCAGUUUCAGUGCAGAGGUAGAUUUCACAGGACGUGCAAUGGUGCUGAGUUUUCUUUGAGGAGCCAGGGUUCCUGCACUGUGUAGCAUUCUUGACGUCUUCUUUCUUUGGCACGUGAAGUGCCUGCGCCGUCUGGACUGGCGAGUUCGGCAGUGGCUUGACUCUCUUGCGCGGAACCUGUGGCACCGCACAAACUUUCUAAAAUGGCAUCAGCCUGACUUGUUAGUCCUGAAAAUCGAGCACAAUCAAUCAAACCAAUUGUUUUCACUUCGCGAGUGUUUCAGAUUGGUGCGAGCAAAACAUGAUCAUCGCGAAAUUCGUGUCAUAAGUUUUGGGUCCCAGCGUCCACCCACGUAGACAGUUUGACAAGGGACUACUAUAACCCUUGCUAAUACUGUUGAAAAUAUUAAGCAUUAGUGACCAUCUGUGAACUUUCAAGAACUCUAGAAAUAUAAAUUAACACAGCCUCCGUUUGUGUAAAUCACAUAAACUGAUUACAUACCUUGGCGUCGCCCGUAGAACAUGCGAGUGCUGCAGGUCGCCAUUUUUAACAGCAAGCAACAAGUUUUCAGUGCUGUUUGCUCAACACUCCUCCAGAUGGCAGCACAGACUACGUCCAUGACGGUGGACAGGCGUCCUUUUCUGUGUGCAACGAAGUUUUUUUUUUUUUUU